AUGCAGUCUUUGAAAGGAUUUUAUUUUAAAACAGCUUUCCAAAGAGUUUGGUGUUUAUGUUCACGUAAUGAAUACUCUCAGAAACCACCUCUGACAGAAUUUGAGGAAAACGAGUCCAAAGGUGAAUCUAAAAGGUUAGCAGAAUUUCGAAAGAAAUUAAGAGAAACUACACCAAUACAGGAUUUGGGAGAACAAGCAGAUUUUUCUCCUCCUAAAGAGGAUCCCCUACCACCAUGGCCUAAUGACAUUAACCCAAAUACGGGAGAAGUUGGUGGACCUAGAGGCCCAGAACCUACCAGAUAUGGAGAUUGGGAACGCAAAGGAAGAGUGUCUGAUUUUUAA